UAGUUGAAACUAAAUGUGUAUAGUCAUUUACAGAUCUCAUUCAUACUUCAGUUCACGCAAACAGCUAGGUCCACUGGGAUACUAUUCAUAACGAAAUUUCCGACCACAAUCUAUUAAACUUUUCUAAUCGAUCAAAAAUUAAUCAGAAUUGUCGGAAAAAAGUGAAUAUCUUUUCCCGAAGCCAUAAAAGACUUCUCUACACAAAAUGAAAAAUCUGAGAGUAAAUAUUUGUCUAAUGCUUUCUUUCUUGAAUAUUCUUCUUAUUGAAGGAAGAAAUACAAUUGGUGUGAUCUGGGAUGAAAAAAUAUUAAGCGACAGGCAUCUUAAUAAAUAUAUAAACUCACAAUUCUCGGACAAGAUUGACGCCAUUUUUGUGAAGACAACUGAUGUUUCUGAUCCAAAAACAGCUCGACUGCUGAAAGGAAAAAAAGUUAAACUCAUUGUUUGCUUGACUGUGAAUGAUAUGGAGGACAAGGUUGAAAAUCUUGGAAGCAUUCUUGGCGUUCCAGUCUUUACAACGACUCAGAGCACACCUUCAAAAGACAAGUUCACCGUGUCAAUGCUUCCAGAUUACGAGUUUGUCAAUAAUGUUAUGGUGGACACGCUGAAAUAUUGGAAAACUGAACCAGUUGCUUUAUUAUACGACGUAAAGAAAAGCAAGCAAGCUGCCCAUUUACAAUCGCAAGCAAGAAAUGCCAGCCUUCGGAUGUUCCUAAUGCCUGAAAUAAACAUGGAUGAUAACAAGUCAUUAAGUUAUGCUGUAGGAGAACUGAAACGAUCACAUUUAACAUCUGCCGUACUCCUGUGUGCUCCUCAGGAUAUACAAAAAAUUAUAGAUGAGACAAUAAAGUACAAUCUCUACAAAGAAACGAAAAAGGAUUGGAGAUGGCUUGCCAUUGACUUGGAUUCCAAAGUGAUGGACAAUUGUGCGAAAACCUUAAGCGGCAUUACUGGUUUCGUGCAAAAGAUAUACACCUACGAAGAAAUUAUAAAGAUUAUGGCCUUUCGGGACGAAGUACAGAGCAAUCAUCAAAAACGUCGCCUUACCAGCGUCAGCUUUAGCUUUUAUGCCAACGUACAUGACGUAUUGGUUGUAGUCGAACGCUUCAUUGUAAAAAAAAGAUUUAUCGCAGCCGACUUGGAUAAGGAGCAGAUUCUUCCAUGCAAAAGUAAAUCUCUCAAAAACUGUGCUUUAAGUGGAAAAGUUGUGUUCGACAAAAUGGGAAAGAGACAACUGGAACAGAUAAAAAUUGUUCAAAUUAGGGAAGGCAAACCGCACAUCAAAGACGUUGGCGAAUGGACCGUGGAAAUUCAAACGAGAAGUAACAAUCCAACGAUGAAAUGGUUUAAGGGAAAAGAUAGAGAGAUGUGCGAUGGAAGAAAUGUCGAUAAGACACGCAAACAUUAUCGAAUAAUUGUGAAAAGGAAUGACGAGCCAUUUGUAUAUAUCAAUGAAAACAAAAGCUUACCCGAGGAACAAAGAUUUACAGGUUUUUGUAUUGACAUGGUCAAAAAACUGGCGAGUCCCGAGUACAUGGAUUUCGAUUAUAAUAUAAUCAUCGAAAAAAGUACAGGCGCAGUCGAUGAAAAAACGAGCAGAUGGUCAGGGAUCAUUGGCAAAUUGAUCGAUCAGAAAGCGGACAUGGGAACCGGUUCACUGACAAUUACGGCACAAAGAGAGAGAGCCGUGGACUUCAGCAAACCGUUCAUGGAUUUCAAUAUGGCAUUGAUCUUGAGAAAACCGGAUGAGGAAAAACAAAACAUGUUUCGUUUCUUGGAUCCAUUUUCACCCAUCGUGUGGUUGUGCACUGUCAUGACGGUUUUUGCAAUGACUUUGUUCAUGUACAUCGUCGAUUAUCUCAGUCCUUACGGAAACCGAAAGACUGCGAAAGAGACCAAUGAGCCUGGGGACGAGUUCAGUUUAUACAACAGCCUGUGGUUUGCUACGGCAAGCAUGCUACAACAAGGACCUGAUAACACACCCAAGUCACCAUCUGGAAGACUUUUGGCGUCAUCGUUUUGGUUCUUUGUGCUGCUAAUGAUCUCAACUUAUACAGCUAAUUUGGCAGCAUUUUUUACCAACAAGAAAACAAAAAGCACAAUAACGAGUCUAGAGGAUCUAGCGAAGCAAAGUAAAAUCAAAUAUGGCGUCCUUAGAGGAGGUCAAAUACACCAGUUUUUAAAGCAGAAUUCCAACGAUACGGUGUAUAAAAAAAUGGUGACCCAUAUGAAUAGGCACAACACGUUCGCUGAGCGCUCAGCUAGUGGCGUCGAGAGAGCCAGGAAUGGUGGUUUUGCUUACAUAACAGAAGAGCCAAUAUUAGAUUACUACAACACACGGAGCCCCUGCAAUACGAUGCUUGUAAAGCAUUUAUUUGAAGCAAAAAGUUACGGGUUUGCCUUGCAGAAAAAUUCGGAACUUACGACGAGCCUGUCGGUGAAUAUUUUGAAACUGCGCGAAAAAGGUUUUAUGAACGAGCGUUACACCUACUGGUGGCAGACAAGAUCCGAAUGUCCGAGAACAGUAAAGAUUGAGGACACCAUAGACAGUAUGAAGAUAAAAUUCAACAGCAUGGCGGGGGUGUUUAUAAUCUUUGCGUCGAGUGUGGUCAUUUCCCUUGCAUUGCUCGUCAUCGAGGUGAAAUUCAAAUGGUUGGUUGAGUGGAUCUUGGAGGCUGGGUGCGAAAAAUGCACGGAUGACGAUUAUGAUGACGAAGAUAGUUAUGAUUACAUGGAGCCCGCAAUGGAGUCAGCGACCACCCCUUGUGAACGAAAAAGAGUCCCGGAUGUAUAUUCAAAUGCGCGAGAAUCAAAGACGAUAAUCUGUGAUUUAAAAAAAACCUUGCACAUUUUGUGUGCGGUUCAUGGUUGCGGAGUGCUUAUGGACAAGUCCUGUCAGAAUAUAGAAGAUUUGGACGUUUUUAUCAAGGCGAGAUACAUCAAACCACAGAUUUCCAUCGUGUUCUCAAACAUUUCUUUGAGGAAGAAAGGAGGUGUACUAGAAAAUAUCGAGUAUUUCCAAGAACAUCCAGUGGAUGUCAUCAUUGAUUUGCAAAGAAAUAAAGAUGAACUAAACGCGUUAGGUGAUUAUCUUAAAAUACCAAUACUUUCAAUGGUACCCCAAUGGCAACCUCAAGGAAAAUACAUCAUUUCCAUGUAUCCGAGCAUUGAAACUAUAAACUGGGCAAUCGUCGAUGUCCUUCUGCGUUAUGAAAUCACAGAAAGUAUUCUACUGUUUGAUGCGAAGCGAAGUCGUCAAGCAAUGAACCUGCACACAGCAAGUCAGCGGGAGUACAUCAAAAUAGAAAUGAUGCCAGAACUAGACAUGGACAACGAGCCCGUGAUUAAAGAUGCAAUUCGCCAAGCUUGGAACACUCAGAUAAAAACCGUAGUCCUUCUUUGCGAUACCGAUGACAUAAAGAAAGUCAUGAAUGCAACAUUACAAACUAGACUCUACGAUAAGGACAGUGAGGAUUGGAAAUGGAUAGCGAGUGACAUUGAUUUCAGAAGACCUGACUACGAACCACUUGAAGGAAUAGUCGCCUUCCGACUUUCUUUACCAGAAUGGCAAACGAGCUUCCGACAAGAAAGACAACGAAUAUGUGCAAAAGAAUUAUACACGGAGGUAUUUUACGCCUCGAUAAAAGACGCUCUGUAUCUGAUCAAUGCUGCAAUGCAAGUUCAACAUCGUAACAUGACGUUCAUGGAAAAAAUGAAAAAAAGUAUUCUACGACCGUGUCGGAAGAACAGGGUCAAGAACUGUGCUCUUACUGGAGAAAUUAAAUUUGACCAAAACGGAGUGAGGAAGAUUGAAGAAAUGGAUUUUGUAGCGAUCCAAAAUCGCGAAAUCAAAAAAGUCGGUUCAUGGAAUAUGAACCCAACGAAAUCACAACUACCGCCAUCCAGCUCGAUAAAAUGGGUUGGAAACGCUGUGCAGGACUACAUCUGCUAUGAAACCAGGGAUAAAAAAGCGAUGAUAAAGAGCAAGAAAAAGUUCAAAAUCAUGCUGAGAGCCGUAAAUUAUUUCUUUCUUAAUUUAACCAUUGACCCUUUUAAAGAGGAUCCGCCAUUUGCUAUGGUAAAUAAAAGUGAAACUGAACCAGACAAUAUAAAGGGAUUUACCGUGGAUAUUAUACGUGAGCUGGCGAAACGUAUGGACUUCGAAUACGAGUUUACAGUUUUGGAAAAAGGAGGUUCAAAAAUAUUCUUAGAAAAUUUAAAAGCAAAGAAAAUCGAUAUGGCCAUCGGUUCGUUCACAAUCACAGCAAGCCGCGAAAGAGACAUUGAUUUCAGUAAGCCAUUCAUGGAUUUCAAGAUGGCCUUGAUUCUACGCGUUCCAAAAGAAAAAGAAAGUCUCUUUAAUUUUCAUAAACCCUUUUCAGGGAAUGUCUGGUUGUUGGUCGUUCUUAGUGUAUUUGCCAUGACCUUCUUGCUUUGUGCUGUUGACUACUUCAGUCCUCUGGGCUACCGUAAAAAGGCAGAAAAUCCAGGCGAAGGUGAAGAGUUCAACCUUAUGAACAGCUUAUGGUUUGCAACGGCCAGCACUUUACAGCAAGGGGGUGAUAACACUCCCAAGUCACCAUCAGGACGCAUCCUCGCGGCAGGAUUUUGGUUUUUUAUUCUUAUUAUAAUAUCAACAUACACGGCCAAUCUAGCUGCAUUCUUUACAAACAAGAAGAUUGAAAGCCCGAUAAAAAGUCUGGAAGAUCUCGUGUACAAGUCCGAUCUCACGUACGGUGUCGAGCGCGACGGUCAAAAUCACAACUUUCUAAAAACAUCAAAACUUCCCAUUCACAAAAAGAUGGUGAGUCACAUGAACGAGAGAGACAGUACAAUGACGUCGUCAACUAAAGGCGUGGAGCUUGCAAGAGGUGGAGGAUACGCCUUUAUAACAGAGACACCAAUAUUACAGCAUUUCAACAACCUGCAACCAUGUGACACAAUGUUGGUUGGUAACCUCUUUCAGACGAAGAGUUACGGUUUUGGUUUACCGAAGAACUCAGAGUAUACCAACACAUUAUCGGUGGAAAUUCUUAAGCUUCGUGAGGAAGGCUUCAUCGAAAAAAGACGUAAAGCCUGGUGGGACGAAAAAUCCCAAUGUGCAAGAGAGCCACCUGCUUCUGCAACUGUUACACUUGAAUUGAAGAACCUUGGCGGUGUUUUCAUUGUCAUGAUUGCGGGUAUAGUUUCGUCAUUCCUACUGCUCGCAAUCGAGAUAAAAUUUCAAUGGAUCAUCGACUUCAUCUUGAAAGCUCAGGAGAACAAUAGUUCCAAUGAAGAACAACGUGAGACAGUAAUGAGAGUCGAAAUAAUGCAAGGAGAACGUCAACUGAAUCCAAUCAAUCGAGAGGAGCCAAUAUCGACAAGAAGACGCUGGCUUCCGUCGUUCAAGUCUUGACAUUAUGAGAGGCGAUAUUUUUAGAUGGAUUGUAAGGAAUUACAGUUGAGAUGGUAGAAAUGCAAUCAUUAUGAUACGUAAAUUGCGGGAGGUAGCUGCAUGACGACAAGUUAGAUUUGAAAAAUUUCAUUUGCUUAAUUACUAUCAUAGUUCAGCUGUUCACACAAACGACACACGUGUCUUGUUGAUGACAUCUCAACUCAGUAAAUUUUAUCGUAAUAUCCCUUUAAAUGUGAAUUUCCAAACUUCAAAUCCUAUAUAAAUAACGAAUCCUUUCACUCGGGAUUAUUUCCAUCAAAAUAUAGUACGCGGAAAAUGGGA